CAGGUACUAAAAUGAAAAACCCAAAAUCCUUCCGUCAGUUGGGUUGUGACUUGUGAGCGGCGGAGGAAAACCCUAAACCCCAAAUUGGUGGAGGUAGCACUUCAUGAAAAAGUAAUUGCUGGCGUCUCGAUACUGAGCAGAGAAACCGUUGUUGGUAUUUGGUGAGUCCCUUGUUCUCUCUUCCGCUACAAGAACAAGAACUGCAUUUCUGUCUGAUUGUAUUGUUUUGCUCCAAGUUAUGAUUCGUUAUUGUUUUAAAAGAUUGCAAUUAGUGCUUCUAAGUUGUAAAAUUGUUGGUGAUUCAGUGACCCGUUUGAAAUUUAUCCGAAAAGAAACUAUUUUGAUCAGACCAUACUCAUCGAAAUCAUUGCUAGUUGCUGAAAAGGUUAAACUAGGAGAAGAAGGUGGGGAUUUUACAGUGUCUUACCUUACAAAUUCAUGUGGGUUGUCCCCAAAACAUGCUCUUUCUGCGUCCAAGAAGGUUCAUUUUGAUACCCCGGAAGGACCCAAUUCCGUUCUUAAUCUUCUUGAAGAUCAUGGAUUCGAUAAAACCCACAUUUCUCAACUUGUUAAGAAACGCCCACACCUGCUACUAUUCAAUCCUGAGAAGACCCUUUUGCCCAAACUUGAGUUUUUGGGUUCCAUUGGCCUUUCAGGCACUGGCCUUGCUGAGGUUAUCUGCUUCAACCCGGACAUAUUGAAAAGAAGCCUAGAGAAAUGUAUCAUACCUUGUUACAAUGUCGUCAAAAAUCUGCAUCUCUUAGACGAGGACUAUGUUGCUCGUUUCUUUAAGAACUUUCAGUGGAUACUUUCAGCCAAAUUGGUAAGCAAUGUUGCUCCCAAUAUUUCAGUUCUGAGAAAACUUGAUGUGCCAGAAGCCUUAAUCUCCUUGUGCGUCGUCCGAUAUCUUUCUGUAGUGUUCCUUGAAACUGAGGAGUUUAAGGAAAUUGUCAAGAAGAUCAUGAGUAUGGGGGUCUCCCCUUCGUCUGAAGUAUUCACGAGAGCACUACAUGUGAAUGCUCUGCGGGAUGCAUCAGAAUGGGAACAGAAGAUGGAACUUUAUAGGAAGUGGGGUUGGACCGAGGAUGAUUUUAUGUUGGCAUUUAGAAGGAAUCCUUUAUUUAUGGAUUUCACAGAGAAGAACUUUUCGAGUAAAAUGGACUUUCUUGUGAACAAAAUGGGUUGGCAGCCUGCCGAUGUGGCUGGAAGUCCAACUGUUGUAACUUAUAGUUUGGAGAAGUAUAUCAUCCCAAGGUGUUCAGUUAUUAGAAUUCUCUUGUCGAAGGGCUUGAUAUCGAAGGGAGAAUUUAUGUUAGGUACAUUUAUCAUGAACCCAAAGUCGUACUUCUUGAAUAGGUUUGUGAUCAAAUAUCAAGAGCAAGUGCCUGAAUUACUGAGCAUCUUUCAAGGGGAAAUGGGUCUUGCAGAACUGGGCUUAGGAUUUGAGCAAAAAGAGGUCGAAUGAAAAAUGUACGACAAAGCUGCUUUGGUUUUUCCUUCAUUUGAGGAUUAAGAUUAUUGUUCAUAGAACCAGUUAUGCACUGUAAGAUCCUCUGCCAAGCUUUGCCAAAUCUUGCUCUACCUUUGCUAGUUUCUUCUUACAAUUGUUGUGUCUGUAUCAUAUCUGAAACUGAUUAGUUUAGAUCUUGUGUAGCACUGUAGGUGCAUUUUUAUUUUUGUUUCUGCCACCGUCAACUCAAAAUUUGUCUUCUCGUGUAAGAUAAUGGGAUUGCAUCUUGUCGACAUGGGCAGAAGUCUGUUUAUUCUCAAAGUACAGCAAUACCAAACCAACCCGAAGUCUUGCUACUUCAUUUGUUUCA